CUGCAGGUGUGUGUUGUCCUGCAGUUUGAAGGAGACUCAGUCGGAUCACAGAGCCGAAAACUCUGAAGCAAAGUUAAUUAAAGCUUCUCUGCUGAGGAUGGAGUGAGAAGAUGCGGGAAAAUUAAAUUUAUCAACUUUUCGAGGAGAAGCUGAGUUCAUUCUCACCUCUGCUUUGUUCUCUCUUUGGCUGUGAAGUUAAAUGGAGUGACUGAUAUUCGCAUUAAUUUGGAUUACCGUGUAAAGAAGAGACUGUGGUUUUUCCGCACGAUGGAUUUAUGUGCAGGCAGGAGAACAGGAGUUUUACUCUUUAUUUUCACAUUUUUAAGUCUUCUUUAUGGCUCCAAAGGGGAAGUACCAUCCAAACCAACCGGUAGUGUCACGAUUUUGCCCCCGGUUCAGCCUGAUAAUGGCCCCCAGGCCUUUCCAGAUGCGGAAAAGGCAAAUUUACCAGUGUUUACAAUGGAUUAUCCAAGAAUACAGAUACCGUUUGAGAUCACUCUGUGGGUGCUGCUGGCUUCAUUUGCAAAGAUUGGUUUCCAUGUGUACCACAAGAUCACCAUCUGGGUCCCGGAGUCGUGUCUUCUGAUCAGCAUCGGUCUGAUCGUGGGCGGCAUCAUGCACUCUGUCCACGAGGAGCCCCCUGCUGUGCUCACCAGCAAUGUCUUCUUCCUCUACAUGCUGCCCCCGAUUGUCCUCGACUCGGGCUACUUCAUGCCCACCAGGCCUUUCUUUGAGAACAUCGGCACGGUGUUGUGGUUUGCAGUGGUGGGGACUCUGUGGAACAGCAUCGGCAUCGGCAUGUCUCUGUUUGCCAUCUGUCAGAUUGAGGCGUUUGGCGUGCAGGACAUCAACCUGCAGGAGAACCUGCUGUUUGCCACCAUCAUCUCGGCCGUGGACCCUGUGGCCGUGCUGAGCGUGUUUGAGGACGUGUCUGUGAACGAGCAGCUCUACAUUGUGGUGUUUGGGGAAUGUCUCUUCAAUGAUGCCGUCACUGUGGUGUUGUACAACAUGUUCAACUUUGUGGCCGAGAUGCCGGUGGUAGAGCCAGUGGAUGUGUUCCUCGGGGUGGCGCGGUUCUUCGUGGUUGGGCUGGGUGGGAUGGGCUUUGGCAUCCUUUUUGGCUUCGUGGCCGCCUUCACCACGAGAUUCACCUCCAAGGUCCGAGAGAUCGAGCCACUCUUCAUAUUCAUGUACAGCUACCUGGCCUAUCUGGUGGCCGAGCUCUUCGCCAUCUCAUCCAUCAUGGCCAUUGUGACCUGCGCUCUCACCAUGAAGUACUACGUGGAGGAAAAUGUUUCCCAACGCUCCUGCACAACCAUCCGCCAUGUGGUGAAAAUGCUCGGCUCCAUCUCUGAGACGCUCAUCUUCUUCUUCCUGGGGGUCGUCACCAUAACAACCGAACAUGAGUGGAACUGGGGAUACAUCCUGUUCACGCUGCUGUUUGCUUUCGUGUGGAGGGGUCUCGGUGUCUUGGUGCUGACUCAGAUCAUUAACCCCUUCCGCACCAUCCCAUUUAACAUGAAAGAUCAGUUCGGUCUGGCCUAUGGUGGUCUGCGAGGUGCAAUUUCAUUCGCCUUAGUUUUCACCCUUCCCGAUAACAUCGGCCGGAAGCAGCUCUUCGUCACUGCGACCAUCGCUAUAAUUAUCUUCACUGUCUUUCUUCAGGGCAUCAGUAUUCGACCUUUGAUCGAGUUUAUCAAUGUGCGCAGAACCAACCGCAACCUUGACACCAUCAACGCAGAGAUUCACUGCAGGCUCAUGGAGCACACCAUAGCUGGCAUCGAGGACCUCUGUGGACAGUGGAGCCACCUCUACUGGAAGGACAAGUUUAUGAAGUUCAACAAUCGAAUCCUGCGGAGGAUACUGAUCCGAGAUAACAGGGCCGAGUCCAGUAUUGUUGCGCUGUAUAAGAAGCUGGAGCUGCAGAACGCCAUGGAGAUCCUGGACACGGUGUCUGGAGACAUCAGUGCUGCUCCGUCCAUCGUCUCUCUCUAUGAGGAAAAGAAAAGUGCUGCUAAACCUAAGAAGAAGUUCCUGGCUACUGACCUGAAGAACAUGCACGACAUCCUGUCCAAGAACAUGUACAAGAUCAGGCAACGGACUGUGGCUUACACUAGUAAGCACGCUCUGCCAAACGACAGCCACACCAGAGAGAUCCUGAUAAGACGCCAUGCCAGCAUCCGCCGCAGCCUCCGACCUGGCAGCUUUCAGUCAUCGGCGGUGACCAAAUCCCACAAAUACUUCUCUCUUCCUGCUGGGCAAAGUCUGGACUCAAAAUUCCUUCCUGUUAGGCAGAACUAUACAGAUGAUCAAGAAACAAUGUCAGAGUGUGCCUACCCCUCCAGACGCUCUCGUUUUGGCCAGCCGGCACGCUCCUCCUCCAGAGCCAUGAUGCCUCUCCGUAGGCUGGACACCCUGACAGAGGCACCCUCUGUUGAUGUCUUGAAUGAAAGUAAAGGGGAAGACAGAAACAGUUCAGGGCGUGGCAAGCCCAGAACAAACUCCUUCUCGAGUGAUUCCCACAUUCCUUCUCCUCGCCAUCACCUCCACCCCUUUGCUGACAAUAACAGCAGCUCAGCUGAUAAUUUCAGAAACGGGCAUCAUGAAGCAGAGGAGGAGCAGCAGCAGCCUUCGUCUCCUCCUCCAGCCUGGGCUGCUGAGCCGAGAGACAACGCAACACGAAACCCGCUGCUCAGGCGGCCGCAGUGGAACCCAAAGAAGAAUUAGAGGUGUCUUUGGGCUUUCAAAGGCAGCUGGACUGCGUCUCAGGAACUGGAGGAGCUCCAGGGUCAAUGCACACAAUCAUUCUAUGCAUUUACUUAAAGAAAAAUUAAAUUAACAUUGGAAGUCCGUUCAUUUCUAUUAAGAGGUGAAGCAUCCUCCAAAAUGAGCCCAGAGUGCACAGUAAACUACCUGGAUGUCAGAGGUGUCGGCCGCAUCAAAAGCACAGUGCACUCUAGUGAAGGACCUGUUCAUGGACUGUGAGUCAUUCUGCCAAUUUUUAAAUAUGUAGUUACCCAUACACAUCAAUGAGAUUUUAAUAUUUUCUAUCAUUUCAGAGGACUUUUAAAGACAGUGUGAUUUAAACUAUUUUAAUUUAGUAAUUAUUUGUCUUUAGGUGUAAAUAUUAUACUUUUUUUUACUUUUUGCUUUUUGUGUGAGACAGUUUAAUGUUUGAGGAUUUGUAUAUAGGUCAUAUCGGUUUAACAUGAGGAACUAUUGCUGCGCAUUACAAAGAACUCUUAGGACAAACCAGAGGUGUUUUGUAUGUCUGUUACAUUGAUGGACCUCAAAAAUCUGAUGAACCAUUUAAUUUAAUUUUUUCUUUUUCUGUAAUAAAUUUUCUGUUUUUGAAAGCUAAUAAGCUUUCUCAGUCAAA